AUGAGAAUCUCUGAAAAGUUAAAGCAGGCUCAUUCGAUAACCAACCCUCCACCGGCGACGUUCUCGUUUGAGUUCUUUGUUCCGAAAACUUCUCAAGGUGUACAAAACUUGUACGACCGGAUGGACAGAAUGUACGAUUUGAACCCUGUUUUUAUCGAUAUAACGUGGAACGCUGGUGGUCGGUCGUCUACACUCACCAAUGAAAUGGUCUACACUGCUCAACUGACCCUCGGUCUUGAAACAUGCAUGCAUUUGACGUGCACUAAUAUGAAAGUUGAACUUAUUGACGAAGCUUUGAAAAAGGCUUAUGACUCUGGAUGUCAGAACAUCUUAGCUUUGCGUGGUGAUCCUCCCCUUGAUGGAUCGGAAUCUACCGGUGAUUUCAAGUAUGCGAAGGAUUUGAUUAGUUACAUCAGAAAAAACUACGGUGAUCACUUCAAUAUCGGGGUAGCUGCGUACCCCGAAGGACAUCCCGAGGAGGAGGAUGAAGAAAAGGUAUUACGUUACUUAAAGGAGAAGUGUGAUGUGGGUGCUGAUUUUAUUAUCACUCAAAUGUUUUAUGAUGUUGACAAUUUUCUCACAUGGUGCGCCAAACUCAGAAAAAUUGGAAUCGAUUUGCCUAUCAUUCCCGGUAUCAUGCCUAUUUCAACGUAUGCCGCUUUCAUUCGCAGAGCCAAAUGGUCUGAAGUUUCCAUUCCUCAACACUUUUUAGAUGUCUUGGAGCCGAUCAAAGAUGACGACUUUUUGGUUCGUGAGAAGGGUACCGAAUUAGUUCUGGAAAUGUGUCGUAAGAUGAUUGACUCUGGUUAUGUGAAUCAUUUACACUUUUACACGAUGAAUCUUGAGAAAUCGACUGUAAUGGUAUUGGAAAAACUUAACUUAAUCGAAACGAUCAAGUCUCAUGAAUCCUUGGGCGGUGCUGUUUUACCCUGGAGAAAAUCGUUGCAUCCUCAACGUUCAAAAGAAUCUAUCAGACCCAUCUUUUGGCAAAACAGAAAAUACUCCUACGUUUCUCGUACUGCCACAUGGGACGAAUUUCCUAAUGGUAGAUGGGGGGACUCUAGAUCCCCUGCUUUUGGUGACAUCGACCUUAGUGCCACGGAUCUUUUGAGGCAAUCCCCGAAGAAGGCUUAUGACUUGUGGGGCGUACCUUCCUCGGUAGCUGACUUGUCGAAGAUUUUGAUCUCCUACAUCAAAGGUGACCUCAAAUCUUUACCUUGGUCUGAUGGCCCUAUUGGAAGUGAUUCCGCCGUCAUUAGAGAGCAUCUCAUCAAUCUCAAUCGCAAAGGUAUCUUUACGAUGAACUCUCAACCGGCUCUCAAUGCUGUGCGUUCCAAUGAUAAGACUUAUGGAUGGGGUCCCAAAAAUGGAUAUGUAUACCAAAAGCAAUACCUUGAGUUUUUGUGCCCGAAGGGAUUACUCGCUGACUUGUUGCUCAAGAUCGACAACCACAAUAAGUCUCAACUGGAAUCUGCCUCACUGGUGAUUUCUUAUUACGCCGUUAAUAAAGACAGCACUUUGUGGACAAACUGUGAUGAUGAUGAUAUCAACGCAGUAACUUGGGGUGUGUUUCCGGGCGAAGAAAUUUUACAACCGACCAUUGUUGAAAAGACCUCAUUUCUUGCCUGGAAGGACGAAGUUUAUUCUUUGUUGCAAGAGUGGGGUAACAUCAUGCAGGCUCUGGUCGUUGAGAUUGAUGAUGAUACCCGUAGAAAUUUCAUUGAUUUUGUUUCUCAAUUUGCGGAAAAUUAUGUUCUUGUCAAUCUUGUCAACAAUGACUUUAUUGAUGAUAAUCAAGCCAUGUUCGGUUUACUUGAAGAACUUAAUUUACCUGAUUUAAUUUGA